AUGACAAAAGGGUGGUUCUUUGGGUGGCAGGCCGUGGCGUUCUCCUAUCUGUUUAUAAUAUUUUUCACAACCCUUGUGACAUCACAACCACAAACUAACCUACUACUUAGAUCAUGCAGCUUGCUGAACUCGAGGAGUUUCUUCACCAAUCUGAAUCAGACAUUUAGGGAGGUCAGAAGACAGUUAUCCGACAACAACACCUACUUUGCAACUGCUGAGCAGUCUCGCAACAGGGAACCCGUCUACAUGAUGGCACAAUGCAGACUUUAUAUGUCAACGGCUGACUGCCUUGAUUGUUAUGAUGUGGCCACUUCAAAUGCACGUUCUUGUGCAGCUGCGACUGGUGCCCGAGCUGUUCUGGAUGGCUGCUUUCUCAGGUACGAUACUAGACGUUUCUACGAUGAGUCAACACAACCAGGAAAUGUUGGCUUAUGUGGAAACCGCACUGCAAUUAGGCCAAAACGUUUCCAAACAGCAUUGGAUGGAUUGUUAUCAAAUCUCACAAUUGCCACUCCUAGAAUCAAGGAACUUUUUGCAGCCUCCUCUAGUAAUAUUGCUGGUAGCAAUAAAAGUGUCUACGCUAUAGCACAAUGUGCACCAACAUUGGCACCCAACGGUUGCAAGGAAUGCCUACAGAUGGCAUAUUCCAACAUAAUGAAUUGUUUACCUUUCGUUGAUGGAAGGGCACUAGAUACAGGGUGUUUUAUGAGAUACUCGUCCACACCCUUUUUCAGCAAGAAUAAAACCACUAUCAUUGAACCCUUUCUUGGGCAAGGCUUACUGAGCAUCAUUCUUCUGGCCAUAAUUAUAUGGUGUCGUCGAUUGAAAAACAGAAGCACAAAGAAAGGUUACUUAUAUGGGCAAAGUGAUAGACUACAAGAUCCAUUGAAGUAUCGUUACCGUGAUUUAAAGAAGGCAACAAAGAACUUCUCCGAUGAUUACAAACUUGGAGAAGGAGGAUUUGGAGAAGUAUACAAGGGUGAGGUAAAGACUGGAAAUACAAUUGCAGUGAAAAAGCUACUCGUUAGUAGUGCAAAUGCGGAUUUUCAGAAUGAAGUACGAGUACUUAGUAAUGUCCAUCAUCGAAACCUGAUACGCCUUCUUGGGUGUUGUAGUGAGGGACCAGAGUUGCUUCUAGUCCUUGAGUACAUGGAAAAUGGAAGCCUUGAAAAAUUCUUAUAUGGUGAAAGAAAGGGAAUUCUUAACUGGAAACAACGUUAUGAGGUUAUUUGUGGCACAGCGAAGGGUCUUGCUUAUCUACAUGAACAAUACCAUGUGACAAUUAUCCAUAGGGAUAUAAACCCACGCAACAUUUUACUUGAUAAAGAUUUUCAGCCAAAAAUUGCAGAUUUUGGACUUGCAAGGCUUUUACCCGAGGAACAAACCCAUAUUAGCACUAGAGUAGCCGGAACAUUUGGAUAUACAGCACCAGAAUAUGCUAUUCAUGGACAGGUGUCUGAGAAAUCUGACACCUACAGCUUUGGCAUCGUCGUACUUGAAAUUCUCAGCGGCAAGAGGUGUAGUGAUGUGUUGGACUUGUCCCAUCCAGAUCAAUACCUUCUUGAAUAUGCUUGGAGCGUGUACGAGAAUCAAGUGCCCUUAAACCUUAUUGACGAAGCAGUUGACCGAAGUGAGUGCACAGAACGUGAUGUGAUGAAAAUCAUAGAAAUAGCAUUGAUGUGCACUCAGUCAGUGGUUUCCGAGAGGCCAAAAAUGUCUGAAGUUUUAAUGCUUUUAAAUGAUCGAUCAGGAGACCACAAGCCACCAAAUAGAUUGCCUUUCAAUGUUUCAUAUUUAAACGUUCAUGUUGAUGAUCCCUCAUAUGUUGCUUCAAGCACAUCAAACGCUGUCGCAUCAUUGACUGAACUCACGGGUCGCUAA